AUGUGCCAAGGAUCGUCAUUACCUCUCUUUGCAGGCUGCCAUUCUGUAGUCACAGAGGAAGGCUGUGAUUCUCUGGCUUCAGCACUAACGUCAAACCCCUCCCACCUGAGAGAGCUGGACCUGAGCUACAAUCACACAGGAGACUCCGGAGUGAAGAUGCACUCUGCUACAAUGAAAGAUGCAGACUGUAGACCGAAAAUCAAUAUGGACCACAACGAAGAGUGCUGGGUGAAACUGGAGCUGCUGAAGACCUAUGCCUGUGAUCUCACACUGGACCCAAACACAGCAAACAGACACCUCUCUCUGUCUAAAGGAAACAGAGUGGUGAAAUAUGAGAUUGAGGAACAGCCAUAUCCUGAUCACACAGAGAGAUUUGAUGGUUGUUUUCAGGUUCUUUGUAGAGAGGGUCUGACUGAGCGCCAUUACUGGGAAACGGAGUCAAGUGAUGACGUUGCUGUCGGAGUGACAUACAAAGGAAUCAAAAGAAGAGGCAGCAUCAGCGAUUACUUUGUCAUUGGACGCAAUGACAAGUCCUGGUGUAUGGAAAACAAAACACAUUUUUCUCAUAAUGGCGCAGGUAUUCAAUUUCCCUCCCUUUAGGGGCCCCUCCAGGCAUAGAAUAGGAGUGUAUCUGGACUGGCCGGCCGGCACGCUGUCCUUUCACACAGUCUUCUCUGACACAUUGACCCACCUGUACACAUUCCACACCACAUUCACUGAGCCCCUCUAUCCAGCUUUUGGACUAGCCAGCUGUGAACCUUGCGCCUUGUCCUUGUGCCACUUAGAGUAGCCUUCUCGAGUCCUGGAGGAACACCUGGGUCUCCAUGACAACAGUCAUACCCUUCUGUUCUAACACAACCGUGUGACUUGAUGGUGAUGACAGUGGUCAUGACUUCAGAUAUGGACAUUAAUAAAUCAGUUGUGAGGAGAUUAUUAUAUUUUAUUCCUGUGACUGUACAUCCAUGUUCUGUUCUGUUAGUGCUGUUCAGUAAAACGCCUUUGACUUUGAAUAAGAUACAUUUUAUUGUUAAGUGUGAUCAAAUUAUUUGUAAAUAUUACUAGUUUGUUAAAUAUGUGUUGCAGUAAACACAACACACCCGUCUCUGUCUGUGUACAGUAGGCCAGAGUUU